GGGGGUUUGAUUUCUUAGUUGCUCAAGAUGGCGGCUGCUUUCCUUCCAAGCCGCGGCUGCAGUCGCUGGAGAAAGGAGGGGAGAGCUCCGCUGCUGGUGACGCUGUGGGGAGCCGCCUGCUUGGCGUCGCUCCUUACGGCUGGGGCUUCCCUGGAACCGGAGCCGGAGCCGGUGGGGAGCCGCGUGGUGGAGCUGAGCGGAUCCAAUUGGAGCCUCCUGCUGCAGGGCCAAUGGAUGGUGGAAUUCUAUGCCCCUUGGUGUCCUGCCUGUCAGCAAAUGGAAUCGGCAUGGGACGCUUUUGCGAGAAAUAGCGAGGAACUUGAACUCGGUGUGGGCAAGGUUGAUGUCACUCAAGAACCAGGUGUAAGUGGCCGUUUCUUAGUCACUACUCUCCCCACUAUUUACCAUGCGAAGGAUGGAGUUUUUCGCAGAUAUCGUGGCUCGAGGACAUUGGAGGAUCUAGAGGGCUAUAUCCUGGAAAGGAAAUGGGAAACUGUAGAACCUGUAGCAGGAUGGAAAUCUCCCUCGUCUCUAAUGAUGUAUGGAAUGGCAGGACUCUUCCAUUUAUCUGGAUGGAUCAGACAAAUCCACAACUAUUUCACUGGCACUCUUGGAAUUCAUAUUUGGGGUUCUUACGCCAUCUUCAUAUUAGCCACCCUCUUGAUUGGUCUUAUCUUGGCCUUGAUACUUAUUUUGCUUAUAGACUGCAUUUGUCCAGCUAAGUCCAAAGAACAAGGUUUUGACCCAGUAGUUCCUGAUGAGGAUAAAAUAGAAGAGCAACAGCAAACGUUGGAGUUUUCAGCAGGGGACAAAGUUCCAGAAGAGAGUUUGCCUGAUGGAGAAGAUGAAGAAGAAGAAGAAGAAGGAGAAGAUGAGUCUCCGGCCAAUUCCUCAGAUGACUCAGCAGUUGAAGGAUCUGAGAAGGAAAAUGACUUAGAGCAUUUUGAAUCUGACAAACUAGAGGAGACCUCUUUAAGACAACGUAAAAAUCAGGUGGUGCCUGAACUAUAGUGAAAACAAUGUGUAUAGACUUUUAAGUGGACCAAAGAAGAUUGGGACCCUCCUUGUUUGCAGCUGAAGCCAAAUAUUUGACCUGCAAGCUGUUGCAGCUAAAUAUGGGCUGACUGCUAGAAAGCAACUCUUUAUUUUUAGGGCCAGUAUUUUGAAUGUAAAAUAUGACUAAUGUUGAAAUGAUAGACAUGACAAUCAAACAACUACGUUGAGUUCAGGGAUGGAUAAGAGGCUUUAUUGCAUAAGCUGUGCCAUAAACUAGGUGAAAUGGUCAUUCUAGACAAAUUGUGUUACAAUAUUAAGUAUAAAACAAGAAAAGAUCUUUGGGGUUAUUGGUAUAAACUAAUCCCAAUAUGUAUAAUUGAAAACAAAAAUCUACGGUCAUGUCUUAGAAGACUUAAGAUAGAAAAAGAUUUUACUGUUUGAUGUGUUUGAAUGGAUAACUCAGUUUAUAACUUUCAGAGGUCUUUGGCUCUAGUUACAUAAGGCACUUAAUAUAUGCUUGUGAGCAGGUGAGAUCAUAGUAUAGCAAGAACUAUAAGUUUAUAAACUGCAAGGUUUUAUUUCCAGCAUGCUGACUUGAAAGCGAGGAAGAGAUUUUUAAGUAUGGAUGUGGCUUUCUUACUGCAACACUUUAAAAUCAGUUUCAUGUGCAUUGCCCCAAUAUUAAUCUGUCAAGUAAAUAUCUCAGUAUCUAA